CACUUCCUCUCUCAUACACACACCGCACAGCACAAUUCUUCUCUCUCUCUCUCUGACUCCUCUCUUCAAAGCCACCCAAAUCUCUAAACCUCAGAUCUCAAUUUCUCCGCUUCCUCUCCCCAUUCUCCGCCCAGAUCUCCGCCGCAUUUCGCAGGCGUAGGCGGAAAUAGGGCGUAUACAAUCCCCAUUCUCAGCUGCCGCAGAUAGAUGUCUGGUGUGAGAUGAAGCAAAAGAAUCGCUGCAUUUCGUGGAGCGGUGUCGCGCUGCUGCUGCUAUCUCUCUUCCUCUCCUCCGCUGAUGCUUCCGAGGUUCACAUCGGCAGCAAUGGCGGUCCUCUCAAUGACGCACAAGUCAGCUACAUCGCCAAGCGCCAGCUGCUCUACUACUUAGACGAGUUCGGCGACAGAGGCGAGAACGUCACCCUCGAUCCGUCGCUCGUCUUCGAAAACCCUCGCCUCCGCGACGCCUACAUCGCGCUGCAGGCCUGGAAGAAGGCCAUUCUCUCAGAUCCCUACAAUCUCACCGGCGAUUGGGUUGGAUCUGACGUUUGCAACUACUCCUACGUCUUCUGCGCCCCGGCGCUCGACAAUUCCUCAAUCCGCACCGUCGCUGGAAUCGAUCUCAACCACGGAGACAUCGCCGGCUAUUUGCCGGAGGAACUCGGCCUCCUCAGAGAUCUCGGCAUUUUCCAUAUCAAUUCCAACCGUUUCUGCGGAACGGUGCCGAAGAAGUUUAAGAACUUGAAGGUGCUGUUUGAGCUCGACCUGAGCAACAACAGGUUCGCCGGAAAGUUUCCUUAUGUUGUUCUAGACUUGCCUAAGCUCAUAUAUUUGGAUAUUCGGUACAAUGAGUUUGAAGGAACGGUGCCGCCGCAGCUCUUCGACAAGCCAUUGGAUGCUAUCUUCAUCAAUCACAACAGGUUCGCUUUCGAAUUGCCGGAUAACUUUGGCAAUUCGCCGGUUUCCGUGAUUGUGCUAGCCAACAACAAAUUCCACGGCUGUGUGCCGGCGAGCCUCGGCAACAUGACCAGGUUGAAUGAGAUUAUUUUGAUGAACAACGGGCUGAGGUCGUGCCUGCCGCCGGAGAUUGGGAUGCUGAAGAACUUGACGGUGCUUGACGUGAGCUACAAUGGAAUAGUGGGGCCGUUGCCGGAAAGCAUUGGAGAUAUGUUGAGUUUGGAGCAGCUGAAUGUGGCUAACAAUAUUUUCACCGGCACUAUUCCGCAGAGCAUUUGCAAGCUGCCGAAGCUGGAGAAUUUCACCAUCACCAAUAACUUCUUCACCGGUGAGCCGCCUGUGUGCUUGGCCCUGCCCGAGUUUAAUGAUCGGCAGAAUUGUUUGGCUAACAGGCCGGCUCAGCGAUCAGCCGCUCAUUGUUCAGCUGUUUUGGCUAAGAAAUUUCACUGUGGUGCAUUCCGGUGUCAUCGGUUUAUCCCCACUCUUCCAGCUCCACCGCCUCCUUCACCUCCACCUCCGCCUCCUGUGUAUUCUCCGCCACCCCCUGUUUAUUCACCUCCACCUCCGCCACCACCUCCCCCACCUGUAUACUCACCUCCACCACCACCACCUUCUCCACCUCCGCCAUCACCACCGCCGCCACCACCGCCUUCUCCACCUCCGCCGUCACCUCCCCCUCCUGUAUACUCACCCCCACCUCCACCCCCGUCUCCUCCACCACCAUCGCCUCCCCCACCUGUCUACUCUCCUCCACCUCCUCCUCCGUUUUUUUUGCCCAAAACCAUUUCCAGAGAAAGAAAAAGAAACAGGUAUCUACAUGUUUUAAUUAGUCAUCUUUACGUCUCAGUGCUUACCAUUGUCCCUUGGCAUACAUGAUUCUCUCAUCACUGGAUGAGCGGAAAUGAAACACAAAGAGGGAUAGAGAGAGUGAUCCAAUUAGGUAUUGGAUGAGAGCAUUUGUGCCUGGUAUAAUGUAUUGAUUUAUUUUAGUUGCCCUUGUGGAAGAAGCAAGAUGAGUGGGUGACCAAGAAGAGAGACAUGAAUUAAGAGCUGAAAUUUUUAUAUAUAUAUAUCUUUCCAAUUUAUUGUGAUGGAUCAUAAAUUUAAGUUGUGAAAUAAAUUAGGUAAAUUGCAGGGAGUUGUAUGUAUAUCAUAAUCAGGAACUAGAACUGCUGUUGUUCUAGCCUUAGUUUGCUGCCUUUCAUUUUUAUUUAUCAUACAUUUUUUUCUCUCUUUUUCACCAGUUUAUAGAAUAAUAAUCAUCAUUUAACAUUGGUAUUCAAUACAUCAGUUUUUUCCCAGAA